UCUUAAUUGAUAACUAUAACUAUAUAACAUUCAUUAUGCUUAGAUCCAGUGCACGUGCCACGCUUCGAAUCACUUCUAGAGCUUUAACCACCAGAGCUUUGACUUCAGUUCGUGUUGGACCAGUAUCAAGACUCGCUGUGAGAUCAGUAUCUCAGUUUGCUCAUGCUAAAAUCCCACCUAAUUUGACUAAUGAACCUGUUAGAGACUUUUCAUUCAAAGAUCAAAAGGAUUGGGACUUGUUACGUGCCUCUAUUACCAAAUUUACUGAUGAAACUUUGGAAAUUCCCUUAGUUAUUGGAGGUAAGAAGUUGUACAGAUCAAAAACUAUUCCUCAAGUUAAUCCUGCUAAACAUUCUCAAGUAUUAGCUACUAUUUCUCAAGCUACCAAUGAAGAUGUUCAAUCGGCUAUUGAUGCUGCCAAAGCUGCUAAAGCUAGUUGGUCGGCUAUGCCAUGGACUGAUAGAGCCGCUAUCUUCCUUAAAGCUGCCGAUUUAAUCUCUACUAAAUACCGUUAUGAUAUGUUGGCUGCAACUAUGUUGGGACAAGGAAAGAAUGUUUACCAAGCUGAGAUCGAUGCUGUUGCUGAAUUAAUCGAUUUCUUUAAAUAUAAUGCUAAAUAUGCUGAAGAAUUAUAUCAACAACAACCUAUUUCCACUACCGCUGGUGUUUGGAAUCGUGCUGAAUAUCGUCCACUUGAAGGGUUUGUUUAUGCUGUCACUCCAUUCAAUUUCACUGCUAUUGCUGCCAAUUUAAUAGGGGCUCCAGCAUUAAUGGGUAAUACUGUUGUAUGGAAACCAUCUGCCACUGCUGUAUUAUCUAAUUAUCUUCUUUUAAAUAUUCUUGAAGAAGCAGGAUUACCAGCAGGUGUAAUUAAUUUCAUUCCUGGUAAUCCAGUUGAAGUAACUGAUAUUGUAUUGGCUGAUAAGGAUUUCUCAGCUUUACAUUUCACUGGUUCUACCGCUGUAUUUAAGAAUUUAUACAGUAAAAUUGCUAAUAAUGUAGCAGCUGAUAAGUAUAGAGAUUAUCCAAGAAUUGUUGGAGAAACUGGUGGUAAGAAUUUCCAUUUAAUUCAUCCUAGUGCUUCUAUUGAUCAUGCUGUAUUAUCAUCAGUUAGAGGUGCUUAUGAAUAUCAAGGACAAAAAUGUUCUGCAUUAUCAAGAUUAUAUGUCCCAGAAUCUAUAUGGGAAGAAUUUAAGAAUAAAUUUGUGGCUCAUGUAGGUGAUAUUCUGAUUGGUAAUACUUCAGCUCCUGAAAGUUUGAAUUCAUUUAUGGGUCCAGUAAUUCAUGAAGCUUCAUAUAAGAAAUUAUCUAAUGCCUUAGAAGAAGCUCAAUCAGAUCCAGAAUUAGAAAUCAUUAUUGGUGGAGCUCAUGAUAACUCUAAUGGAUUUUUUAUUCAACCUACUUUGAUUAAAACCACCAAUCCAAACCAUAAGUUCUUAUCUACAGAAUUCUUUGGACCUAUCUUAACUGUAUAUACUUAUCCAGAUACUGAAUUUGAAAAUAUUAUUGAAAGUAUUGAUUCCGUUACUAGUUAUGGAUUAACUGGUUCUAUCUUUGCAAGAGAUCGUCAAGCCAUUAGAAUUGCUGAAGAGAAGUUAAGAUAUGCUGCUGGAAACUUUUAUAUUAAUGAUAAAUCUACUGGAGCUGUUGUAGGUCAACAAUGGUUUGGAGGUGCUAGAGCUUCUGGUACAAAUGAUAAAGCUGGUAGUGGUAAUAUCUUAAGUCGUUUCGUUUCUGUUAGAAACAUUAAAGAGAAUUUCUACGAGAUCAAUGAUUUCAAAUAUCCUUCCAAUUAUCACUAGUUAUUAAGUAAUAGGAAAAAGAAUUUAGCUAUUUAGGUAUAUAGUGAAUGUAUUUAGUACAGUAUUUACCAGCGUCCAUGACGGGGAGGUCCAUGUCCAUGUCCAUGUCCAUGUCCAUGAUGUGGUGGCCCAUGUCCGUGAGGUGGAGGUCCAUAUCCAUGAGGU